AUGCUGCCACUUAUUCUCUACCGCCGCUUACGCCCACCUUCCUUUGGUUCUGCCUCCUCCCACUCACUCACCUCCUUCCUCAGCUGUUGUUUGCUUAUCUAUUCCUCCUCCCCCCAACCCCCCUUCUCCCGCCGCCUGCCAGUCCUCUCGCCUGCUUCCCCCCGCCUCCCUGCUAGUCCCACCUGUUUCCUCCCCCCCUCCUGCCACUGCCCGCUUCCCCCACAUCACUACACAGGCGCACGCCUUGCAUUGGGCUCAUCAGCCAUGGCUCGGAGGACUGCAGUGGCCAUGCUGCUGCCAAGGCUGCUCGUGGCUUUCCUUCUCGGCGCCGCCAUCACAGCCAUCAGCAUCAUAAGUUUUACGGGACCUGACAGGGAUGCUUAUCCACCAGUUGAUGUGGACGACAAUGGCACUGACUCGUCUCAGAAUGCCACGUGCCUGCCACCCAUUCAAGCCCACGCAAUUGCUGCCUCUGGUCAGCAAGCCCACGCUCUCGACGUGUCCCGUCACAACCUGCUUUCGGUGUUCAUGCUCUAUUCUGCCGUCUCCACUCUCUUCUCUACUCUCAUGGCACUGCUGUGGGGGAUGGGCGUGACCCACACGCAAGUCAGAGAAUGGGUGCAUCAGCAGGGCUUGGCUGUGACGGCUGGGCUGAUGAAGCUGAGGAGUGCAAGCAAGUGCCUCCUGGUAUGCCAUGCACUCUGCCACUGCCCGUUAGCCCUGGAGCUCUUCCUGUGCCAAGCUUGUCUUCCCUCUCGAGGCACUCUUCCCCACUUCUUCAUGCCCUCACUCAAGUUCUGGUUACCGCUGCACGCUUCUUUCCCCUCUUUUGUCGUCUUCUCUCCUGCACUCCCUUCACUAUAG